GGCAACGGGAGUUGAUGGGUUGAGUGCGUAUUUUUUUCAGAAAUAUUGGAGGAUCAUCGGAGGCGAAGUUACAACAACGGUGGAGGCUAUUCUAAGAACGGGAGAGAUGCCAGAUGACUUAAAUCACACACUAAUCGCUUUAAUUCCAAAGGUUAAGUCCCCGCGGUCACCGAAGGAGUAUCGACCAAUUAGUCUUUGCAAUGUGUUGUAUAAAGUGGUUGCGAAGGUACUGGCCAAUAGACUGAAGAGCAUUCUAGAGAAGAUAAUAUCACAUGAGCAGAGUGCAUUCGUUCCAGGAAGAAACAUCUCAGAUAAUAUCAUUACUGCGUUUGAGUGUUUUCACUCAAUGAAGAAACAAACGAAGAAGAGCACCGGGUACUUUGAAGCAAAAGUGGAUAUGGCCAAGGCGUAUGAUAGAGUGGAAUGGAAGUUUUUAGAGGAAGUAAUGAGGCGAAUGGGUUUUGCGAAGAGAUGGAUAAGCUUAAUAAUGAUGUGUGUGUCUACAUUCUCGUUUUCCAUUCUGGUUAACGGGCAUCAAUCACCGAGAUUCUUACCAGAAAGGGGGCUACGACAGGGCGACCCACUAUCACCUUACCUGUUCCUGCUCUGUGUAGAAGGCCUGUCGACGUACACACAAAAGGCGGUAGAAGAAGGGAGAUUACAUGGGUAUCAAGUGACAAGGGGAGCUCCGACAGUAUCCCAUCUAUUUUUUGCUGACGAUAGCUUCUUUUUUGGCAGGGCAACGUUACAGGAGUGCUCGAAACUAAAAAAGAUCUUUCGUGACUAUGAAGUGGAGUCCGGGCAGCUUGUUAGUUUUCAAAAAUCAGAGAUAUCCUUUAGUGCAAGUGUGAAACCCCACCGGAAGCUGGAGAUAGGUGGUGUCGUGGGCAUGCAGAUAGUGGAUAAACACGAAAAAUAUUUGGGAUUACCGACAGAAGCAGGGUGCUAAAAAAAACUAUGUUUGUGGGGAUUAAAGAUCGCAUCAAGACAAAAUUAAAAAGCUGGAAAGAAAGAACAAUGUCAGUGGCAGCAAGAGAAGUUCUGAUUAAGGCGGUUGCUCAGGCACAGUUCACGUAUGCUAUGUCUGUUUUUCGAAUCCCAGAGGGAGUUAUAGACGAGAUCCAUAGUAUCAUCACAAAUUUCUGGUGGGGCCAAUGAGGAGAGGAGCGCCGAGUUCACUAGCUAUGACGAGAAGCUCUUGUUAUGCCGAAAGAAGAGGGAGGUAUUGGGUUUCGGGAUCUGGGUGGCUUCAGUGUAGCAUUAUUGGCUCGACGGCUUUGGAGCCUUGCGCAGAGGCCAGAAACGUUGGCAGCAAAAGUGCUACGGGCAAAAUAUCACAAAAACUCGAGCAUAUUAGAUGCUAGCGUGGGAUACAGGCCAAGCUUCAUUUGGAGGAGUUUAAUGGGGGUUCAAGAGUUCUUGAUGAGUAGGCUUCGUUGGAGAAUAGGAGAUGGCACUGGGGUCCGAAUUUGGGGAGAUCGGUGGAUUCCUGGAGUGCCGCACAACUACGUGGACACAGCGCCGAGAGGAUUGGAAGUAGACGCCUCUGUUUGUGGGUUGAUCAAUCCGGACACCAAUCAGUGGGAUAGAACAAUUGUUGAAAGCUGUUUUACUACAACAACGGCGUAAGCCACUUUCUCAAUCUCAUUGAGAGGUGAAGGAAUGGCUGGCCGUUUGAUAUGGGGAUCUAGUAGAAUAGGUGAGUAUAGAGUUCGAGACGGCUACUUACAUUGGCUGGAAGGUUUCAAGGAGCGAGAAAACUUAACAAAGGUUGGAGAAGCUGACAUGUGGAAGAAGCUGUGGUCUUUAAAUGUUCCGCCGAAGGUGAAAAACUUUCUGUGGAGAUUGGCAAGAGAUACUUUAGCAACGGGUGACCACCUAAGCUCAAAGAAUCCUCGACGGGGGGGGGGGGGGGGGGGGGGGGGGGGGGGUAAGUGUUAUUUUUAUGGAGAACGAGAAACACAAAUACACUUCUUUGGGCAAUGCAGCUGGACUUGUCGGUUAUGGAAGCAGUCUAGCUAUGUGGCUUGUUUCGAGAAGGCAGAAGGAAGAACGAGUCUAGAAUGGGUUGCGGAAGUGAUCAAUUCAGCGGGCAACGAGGUUAGUGAACGGUGGGGGUGUACUGAUGUGGUAUUUUGGGAAGGAGAGGAAUGCCCAUUGUUUUAAUAGUACCAAAGGAGAUGAAAUGACCAUUGUAGCAAGGGCCGAAAGCUUGCUUAAUGAUUAUCAACAACAUCAACAAAAUGGUGAGGAGGUGGCAGGAGCGGAGAACACGCAGGGAUGGUCUAUACGAUGGAAUGGGUGGGUUAAAGUCAACAUAGACGCUGGAAUAAUGCAGGGGGAGGAGCAGGUUUAGGUGUCAUAAUUCGAAAUGAGAAGGGGGAGUUCUUACUAGUAGGAGCGGAGAAGAGACAAGGAAACUGGGGUGCUGAAACGGUAGAAGCAUUGGCGCAGAGUUCGGCUUGAUUUUGGCAAAAUAAUUUGGAUACUCAAAGGUGGUGUUGGAAACAGAUUGUUUGAGCCUAGUACAGAAGUUGUUUGAAGCUGCGAAGUUACAUGUUGAGCUGGGAGUUAUAUGCCGCAGUAUUAGACAGUUGCUCGAUAACGAUGAUACAGGGAAGUGGCAGCAUGUUCGGAGGAAAGCGAACGAAGCAGCACAUAUCAUGGCGCACAGUGAAACAAAUUGGGAUUCACUAGUUGUAUGGGUCGAUAGGCCUCCAAUAUUUCUUAUUGAUCAGUUGCGGCUUGAUGCAAUCUCCUCCACUGAAUAAUAAGAAGCAAGCAGGUUUUAAUCAACAAAAAAAAAGAGAUGUUCGAAUGAUUACAAUAGUAAUUACCAAACCAAUUAAGUCUAUAUUUCAUUAACUGUGGUUUAUUAUAUUAUAACCAAACCACCAACAAUACAAUAACCAAACUAAAGUUUAGUUGGUUUGGUUAAUCGGUUAACUGGGUUAACCAAUAUAACAUAAUUUUAUCAUUAUGAAAGAAAAAAUCUUCUUAUAAUGCAUCAGUUCGUCAUUUAUAUAAUUAAUAAACUUUAAAAAGCAAC